AUGCCGAGGCAGCCCCAGACUACCAAACGACGGACAGAGUCUUCUUCCACUCCGAAUGCUACUUCCGGCAAGCGAACUCGAGUAUCAAGAGCCUGCGAUCAAUGCCGCACAGCUAGAGAGAAAUGUGAUGGACAGCCGAUAUGCUCCACUUGUUCUGCAUCUAACAGGUCUUGCACGUAUACGACGAAUCCGAAGAAGCGAGGCAUCCAGCCUGGAUAUAUCCGAACACUGGAACUCGCUCUAACAUGGCUCUUCAAUAAUUCCGAUGCGGAAGCCUUACUUAAUCAAAAACUCGCACAAGAAGGCGCGCAAUCGGUACUACUGGGCAGAGAGACCAAGGAGUCUAAUAAGCUACAUCGGACUUGGAGAAAGAGUCGAUUCUGCAAAGAUGUAGACAAGCUUCUGUCGGGAGGGGAUAUCGGCACCAUGGAUGAUGGUCGUUCACCCGAAAGCGAUGAUCAAGAAUCAGAAAACGAUGAUAUCGACCAGACCGGAGAAUCUACAACCAUCCAGUUCGACUCAAUCGUCCUUCCGCAACAGUCGCCGGUGGCUCACAGGGUUAUGAAUGCAAUAUCUCAGUCCACUAUACCACAAGCAACGGUCAUGCCCGUGAAUCGUUGGCGAUUAUUCGAUAUCUAUUUCAGCUACACCCACUCCUGGUUUCCGAUAUCUGAGAAGCACGAUAUACUGAAGCUUACAUACUCGUAUCCGGAAAGUGGACUAGAUCUUGCUCCGGAUAUGCCAGACUCUGGUGACCAUGCUGAGCUUUGGAGUAUACUGGCGCUUGCAUCUAUUCAAGAUCGUACCACUAUGAAGGAUUCGCAAUCUGAACUUCCAGAGGACAUCAUACCCGAAAAACUUUAUCAUACCGCUCGAUCCUUGAUUCCCCGAGAACUUGGAGUUUUCCAGCUCGGGCAUGCAAAGGCUCUUCUACUAUUAUCCAUGGUAAAUCUUAGCCAGGCCGCCCCAGAGUCUGCUUGGCUACUUGUUGGAUAUGCUGCGCGUAUUCUCAUGUUACUUCUGCAAAGAGAAUCGGCCCUUGAUCCACGAAUAAGACACGUCUUUGCUGGAUGUUUCUUGCUCGACAAUCUAAUCUCUAUGCAACUCAAACGAUCGCCUUAUUUACGCAUCGCAGACAUAGAGCGUGUUGGGAAAAUCAUUCCUGAUGGUCUGGAAGAGUGGCAACCGUGGUCGGGUUGCCUGGGAUAUACUUCGCGACAACCCUCGCGCACUCCUGCUCUAAGCCUCAGUUCUUUCAAUCACCUAGUAGAAUUGAUUGGUAUAGCAGGGUCCGCCGUGGCCUCCAAUGGUCAGCAAACCAGCUUGCAAGAAGCACUGGGGAGAAUGGAGCUGUGGAAAGCAGCCCUGCAGCCGAUGUUCGAUCACAUUCGCUCAGAACAGAUCCCCGUUCCACCGACGCCACCUGCGAUGAUACUUCAGAUCUUCUAUACAAGCUCCGCCCUACUCCUCUUUUCGUCACAAACAUGGAUGCAACGUACGAUAGAUACGCUCGAACUUUUCCGUGAUACAUUGGGACUCGUAGCUAUGCCCCCUGUACUUCAGUGUCUUUUUGAUAUCAUUGGUCAAAGUGAACACAUAGCAAACAUUGAUCAAAGAUGUGGAAACCGUCUGCAAUCAUUACGGACCGAGCACAUGCAUACAUGGUCCCUUUCCGGAGGGGAUGGAAUGACUCUGGCUCAUGGUGAUCCCACUUCAUCCAGGCAAGGUCGAUCAAACACAACGGAGCCGUCUUUGGGUGCUCCCUCAUUCGGAUCCGCCAAUGUUCAGAUGCCUACACCGGAAUCCAUACAAAUCCCAUUUAACACGACCAUGCUUCCGCUCUCCAACGUAGAUCCUAUCCGACCGCGUACAAAUUCCAAUCUUCUUGAUGAAAUCCUUCCAGACAUGAACGCGACGGCUACCCCCUCACAGUCUCUCGAUUUCGCUGGGAAUAAAUCUAUGCAAGAGUACAGUACAUCACAAUUCACCAAUCUUCAUAACCCACCACCACUGGAGCAUCGCGGCUCAGCGAACUCUAGGGAUAUCGAAAAUUUCUUCGACGAACUGGCUUCCCUAGAUGGCGCAGAGCGUCUCGAGAACCAGCCACAGUUCAUGCAGAAUCUUGGGUUUGCACCAGACGCGAACAUAGCGGACCUGCUUUCCUCAGACUUUGGCCAAAUAAACCCAUUGGUCUCCCCCUAUCUGCAUCACAAUGCACCAGAUAGUGCACAUUUCAACCAAAAUACCUUCUUCAAUGAAGGAUGA